CGUGUGGUGUAUGUGUAUGUAUUUAUAUAUAGAUGGAUAGCAGAACAAAGAGGGCAUAUUUCUGUUUCUGCAUACACCGCCAUCUUUCUUUGUCUGAAUCAAUUCAAACACAUAUGGCUGUGUCUGAUAACGAAGAUCUUGCAUCAGACUACACAGACAGCGAACCCUCUAAAAGGACAAGGCGUAGGUUCAGGGAUAGGUCCAAGGAGGUCUUGUCCAAACAAGCUGUGAAGAUAGUCAAACAAGCUGAAGAGCAUGAAAGGUUCAUUAACAAGGUGACUCAUCUUUUGGGGGUUCUUGGCUUCGGUGGGUUUUGCUUCCUCUUCGGGGCAAAGCCACAAGCUGUUCCCUUGGUAUAUUGUUUGUUCUAUGUCGUGUUUGUUCCUCUCCGUUGGAUAUAUUACAGGUUCAAGAAAUGGCAUUACUACCUCCUGGAUUUUUGCUAUUAUGCCAAUACAAUCUUCUUGAUUUACCUCCUUUUUUAUCCAAGGAAUGAAAAGCUUUUCAUGGUUUGCUUUUCAUUCGCUGAGGGACCAUUAGCGUGGGCUUUGAUUGUUUGGCGCUGCAGUUUGGUUUUCAGUUCUUUUGACAAAAUUGUCAGUGUUCUUAUCCAUCUUCUACCUGGAUUAGUUUUCUUUUCUAUUCGAUGGUGGAAUCCUGCAACCUUUGAAGCCAUGCGACCAGAGGGAACUGCUGCAAGGGCUACAUGGCCCUAUGUUGAAGAUAAAUCCUAUCUCUUUAUGUGGUUGUUUUUGGUUCCCUUAGCAGUUUACAUUCUGUGGCAGGUUCUAUACUUCCUCAUUGUCAAUGUCUUGCGCAGACAACGGUUUUUAAGAGAUCCUGAAGUCAUGACUUCCUACAGGGAACUCUCCAAAAAGGCUCAGAAAGCAAACAAUAUGUGGUGGCGCUUAAGUGGCCUACUAGGGGAUCAAAAUCGCUUGUUGAUGUACAUCAUUCUUCAAGGCAUAUUCACUGUUGCAACCACAGCACUAACUGUUCCCAUAUUCUUGUCCUAUGAACUGUCUGUGGUUUUCCAAAUACUGAAGAUUUCUGCUUCAGUGUGGAAUGGGGGAAGCUUCCUGAUAGAUGUAAUGCCUAGGCAGGUAAUUCUCAAGGAGAAAAAGAAAACAGAAAUGCAACAUGUUCCAAAUCAAAAUCAUUAGUGAUUAGAAAAUUGUAGGUAGUUCAACAAUUCUUCAUGAUAUUAUAUAUAUAUAUAUAUAUAUAUAUAUAUAUCCAUUUAGUCACACCUUAUUACUCCUGCUGUGUAUAUUACAAGAAAACCUCAGUGUAACCGAUCUACGGUUCUCAAAAUGUAGAAGUGGAAUAUACCAAUGCGCAUUCCAUGUGUGCCUUUGUUCUGAUGGGCACUUUGUAGAACAGUCUUGAAAAGUAUAAUUUCUGUGUUCCUUCCAGAGACUGACGAAUUUUAGUACACAUGUCCUUAGUACUUCCUUUAAUGUCCCUACCACAAUUUUGUGUCUGUCACAUUCAAAAGCUGCUAAAAAUCAACAAUGGAAUGAUCAAAUCCAUUAUGAAAAUCUCAUCAAGGUGGGCAGGAUCAAAAGCCUUUAAUUCUGGAGGGCAAAAUUAAGCUGCAAAUUUCAUAGAACAUGGUGUAUUUGAAGAUAUAGUUGAAAUUUGAAUUAAUAAAUGUAUGCAUUAAUGAAACUCAAAUGAAAUAGCAUGUGUACACUUGUGUAUUUGGAUUAGUUGGCUGAAUAGUUGAACAUUUAUGAGAGAAUAUGUGAG